GGCGGAGUCUUAUCCUGGAUGUAACCGCAGUUUUCACUCUGAUCAUUUUAGCAAUGACAGUUUCUUUGAAUUGGAUGUAGAAAAAUGCAGAAAAAGAUUGAUAUCCGAUGCACUCCCAUUGAAAGUAUUCCUAAAUAACAUCAGUAUUGAAGAGGCUGGUUCAGCAUCAACAGUUGAUAAAUCAACAACAAUUAAAAAAAAAACUGUACCAAAAGUUAAUAUUGUUCAUGAAUCUAUGUGUAAUAACUCAAGCAAUGAACAUUGUGGAAGAGAAUCUGCUCCAGUUUCUCCAAAUUUUGAUGACACAACAAUAAAUACAGAAGAUAUUAAUUUAUGCAGUAUCGUUAAUAAUGUUUGCAAUACAAAGAAAAGUAGGAAACUGAUGAAGCAAAGUGAAGGGUCAAUAAAAAGAGUAAAAUUUACCCAUAAAAACAAAGUGGAAUAUAUGACCAGCUCUGAUUUUGUAUCUGAAGAAGCUUGGCUUAAGUUUUUAAGAUUUAAACAAUCGCAAAAUGCAAGAAUAGCAGCAGCCCACAACAAAAUCUCUCGUCGAAUGAAAAAAAUAAAUAACUUGGUUGAUGUUAUCAAAAAUCUUGAAGAAAAAGAAGAAACAAUGCCAGCCACAUAUUUAAAGAUUUAAUUUUUUCCUUACCAAUGAUGCACAAAUAUUUACAAAUAAAAUGUUUGAAUCAUUUUGUCACAUAUUUAAAUACUUUGAAUACAAUUGAUUGGAGGCUUCUUGUUUUUUGUUUCCACCAAUGGGAUUAAAUGUGUCAAGUCUUGGGCACGUGUUUACAAGAAUAUGUUUAUUUUUUCUUAGUUUAAAGGAGCAGAAUACAUGUACAAAGCUUGCGACUACCAUUUUGACUUACUUUCAUUUUUAUAACUGAAAAUUAUACAGAGACUGAUUUAUUUUUGUAUAAAACACAGAUAUACUUUACAAUGUCUAAUUACUCUGGAAUGUACUUAAUGAUGCAUUAUACAUUCGAAGAUCUUGGUCCAUGUGUCCGACCGACGAAAUGUCUAGAAAUAGCAGAAUCAACUGAUACGUCAAGAUCACGGUUGAAAUAUUACACAACAGUGCUGUCUGAACUAAAUAUAACAAAAAGAUGCUUGUUUAACCGAUAAUCUACGUCAAUAGAGCGUAAUGGAACUGUGGUCUGGUUGCAGGAUCCGAGUAAGUUUGCUACCGCCGCUGUAGCGGUUCCAUCAGCUGCAACUGCUGAUGCUCCUGUUGCAGAGAAGAAGGAAGAGAAGAAAGAAGAAUCCGAAGAGUCCGACGAUGACAUGGGAUUCGGAUUGUUUGAUUAAAAAACUGCUCGAUGAACGUAUUUUGUCCCUGACUCUGAAAUAAAACUUCAUUUGUAUGACUUGAAUGUUUGCUGUAUAUCCAAUUCUCAAUUCUUCUAACGUUAGAAUAUCGUAGAAUUGUCACGAUGUUGUUAUGCAUGGUGUGAUAUUUUCCAUUGUAUAAUAUUGUAUUAUAGAAAUACAAGUUGCAUAAUAUUGAAUUAUAGAAGUUUUCAAAUAAGUCAGGAACAUGAAUAAUCAUCUUAAUUAGAGAAAAAUAUGACGAGAACGUUUUGUUUUUUCCUGUUUUUACAUAAAUGAGAAUACAUGUGCGGAAUCUCUAACAGAAAUAGAUAAAAAGAAAAAGGUAUAUUGUCUCAGGAAAUGCCUGUCAGUAUGUCAAAAUGAAUUAUGUGUUUAUCUUAAGUAGCCCGCGAGAUAAAAGAACGGAAAGCCAUUUAAUAUUCCGGUACUAGAAAAUGUAAUAACGCCCGUCAUCAUUCGUACGAUUACGUGACAUGACGCCACCAAGCGGCUGGGAGAAGGGAGAAAGACGGGGCGGGGCGCUAGGGUAUCACUUCGUCCUGUUGGUCUCUCUAGUCACAGAGAGCCGGUGGUGGCGGUUGGUGAAUGGUGAUCUCGGGUGUUCGGUGUAACUCGGCACGAGUCGGACCGGAUCGGUUUUCCGCGAAAUUUCUUUCCGUGUGUCAAAUUUUCAAAGGCGCAUCAGGGGUCCUGUUACACGCGUCGUAGCCGAAGAUGGGUCUGCUCUCCGAAGGAAGUCCCUUGAGCUGGGAAGAGACGAAGAAGCUGUCCGAUCACGUGCGCAAACAUGGAGUUAUACAAUUUAUUAACCUGUAUAAGAGACUCAGAGACAGACAAGGCGACGUCCUCAAGUGGGGUGACGAGGUGGAAUAUAUGCUUAUAAAAUUUGAUGAUGAGACAAAAACUGCAAAACUUAGUUUGAGAGGUGCGGAAAUAUUAAAAAUCCUAAAUGAGAAAGAAAAUGAAGAUCCAGAUAAUGUAAAGUCACUCUGGAGGCCGGAGUACGGUGCUUACAUGCUAGAAGGAACUCCAGGAAAACCAUAUGGAGGAUUAUUAGCUCAUUUCAAUGUUGUCGAAGCUAAUAUGCGUUACCGAAGGCGAGAGGCGACAAAAUUACUUCAACCAAAUGAAGUUCUGAUGUCACUGACAGUUUUUCCAAGGAUAGGAGCUCCAGAUUUUACUGACCCUCCAAGCUAUCCAACACCCAGCGUCGGUGCUUCUAGGAGCUUGUUCUUUCCUGAUGAAGUCAUAUUUCCUGGUCACCCGCGUUUCAAGACGUUGACCAGAAAUAUAAGGGAACGUCGUGGCGAGAAAGUAGCCAUAAACAUUCCUAUUUACAGAGAUGAGAAUGUACCGCUGUUGUUCAAAGAAGACCUCAUCAGCAAAGGAGACGACGGAUCGUCCUCUAAAGCAGCCGAGGACGAUCACAUCUACAUGGAUGCAAUGGGUUUUGGGAUGGGAUGCUGUUGCUUACAACUGACGUUUCAGGCGUGUAACAUACAGGAAGCCAGAACGUUGUACGAUCAACUGACACCUUUAUGCCCGAUCAUGUUGGCUCUGACUGCGGCCAGCCCGCUUUAUCGAGGUUACAUAAGUGACGUCGACUGUCGGUGGAACGUCAUAUCUUCUUCGGUAGACUGCAGAACACGGGAAGAGCGUGGACUGAUACCUUUGAAAGAAAAUAAAUUCAGAAUCAGCAAGUCCAGGUACGAUUCUAUCGACUCGUACCUCAGUGAACAAGGUGAAAAGUACAACGAUGUACCUUUGACGUACGACAACGAGAUAUACAAGCAACUCUUGGACAAUGGAAUCGACAAGUUGCUCGCGCAACAUAUCGCUCAUUUGUUCAUCAGAGACAGCGUCUCCUUGUUCUCUGAGAAAGUACAUCAAAACGACUUGGAAGAUACGGAUCACUUCGAGAACAUACAGUCCACCAAUUGGCAAACUAUGCGCUUUAAACCGCCACCGCCAAACUCUUCUAUCGGUUGGCGAGUAGAGUUUCGUCCGUGUGAAGUGCAGAUCACGGACUUCGAGAACGCGGCGAUAGUUUGCUUCACAGUACUGUUGACGAGAGUCAUCCUGAGUUACAAGCUGAAUCUACUAAUCCCCAUCAGUAAAGUUGAUCAGAAUAUGGCCAGGGCGCAGAAGAGGGACGCGGUCAAAGCAGAGAAGUUCUGGUUCCGUCGUGACAUCACCUCGGACGCCAAAAUACCCGACGACGCCCAAACGGAAUACACUGAAUUCACAAUCAACGAGAUCAUUAACGGAAAGGAUGGUGGUUUUCCUGGUCUCGUGCCGUUAGUAAAUUCUUAUCUCGCCAACAUGGACGUAGACGCUGAUACACACUGUACUAUUCAAAGAUACAUCAAACUGAUACAGAAACGAGCCUCUGGGGAGGUCUUAACGACUGCCGCUUGGCUCAGGAAAGAGGUCAUUUCACAUCCCGAGUACAAGCACGAUGCUGUGAUAACGCAGCGCAUCAAUUAUGAUCUGCUGAAGAAGAUCCAAGACAUCGUUUCUAACGAGGUGGAGUGCCCUGAGUUACUCGGGCAUUGUGUAUCGUCUAAAACCACUGAGACCAUACCAGCCGCGGUUGCGAAAGCGGAAAACUGUCCAACGGCAAAUUUUUAACGACGACGACCCUAAGCAUUUCAGGUAAAAAUCGGAGAAUAUCCGUUUUGUAACAUUAUGCAUACUUAAUAGCAUUAACUCUCGCGUGAUUAGAUAAGUAUAUUUCUGUGUUGUCUACUGUUUUUAUCCAUGCAAACGAAAGAAACGAGGAUAAUAUGCAAGAGAAAACUAUAUUUGUAAUUUUAUAUUCCAUUUGUUAUACGUGUUAUAUAUUGCUUUCAUUUACCAAAUAUGAACGUAUGUGAUAGAAGAGAGAGGGAGAGAGAGGGGGAGGGGGAGAGAGAGAGAGAGAGAGAGAGAGAGAGAGAGAGAGAGAGAAUGAAUU